UUUGCUCCUCAAAUCAGUUAAAAAGUAAUCCCAAAAUUUUUACCCAGCGCCUGCUAAAUUAAAAUGGGAUCUCUGGUAUUGGUUGCCAAUUCGAAUGGGAGUGAAAGCCGAAGCUGUGAGUAAUGAUGGCUAGGCGACAAGUACCUAUUACUUGCAGUGUUACAAGUUAACAAAUUGCACGAACAAAUUUGAAGAGCAGAAGCAGUUCUUUCCAUUGCAGGGCUAUCUUAGCUGCUUCGUUCAGAUACCACUAGAAGUAACAUUAAAUCAACGAAAAUAGUUUGUUGAUUUGUUAGAAAAGUUGUCCCAGAGAGUUGGCGUUACUAGGGUUUAGGGUUUAUGGCGGAAAGUGAGAUUCCUGAAUCAGCCGAAGGGCUUAAUGGUGAAUUAGCGGAGCCUCUCAAACAUAUGCCGCCUGUUGAAUUUGCGUUUGCAUAUGGAUCUGGAGUUUUUCCUCAGCCAGGUCGUGUUGUCAAAGAUGAGGAGCCAAUGGUGGACUAUAUCUUGGGCGUUGCAGAUCCGAUACAAUGGCAUACAGAGAACCUCCAAAGAAAUAGAGAUCAUUACUCAUUCAUAAUGGCUCAUUUUGGUUCCAAAACAGUUACAGAAGUUGCAGAGAAAAUUGGAGUCGGAGUUCAUUUUAAUGCAUUUGUGCCUUGGAAAGAUAAGAAAAUCAAGUAUGGUGUAAUUCGCAUGCAUUGGUUGAUAAGAGAUGUGCUGAAUUGGGACAGUUUAUAUAUAAGCGGUCGUCUUCAGAAGCCUGUUCAUAUUCUUAGAGAUAACUUGAAUCUAGAAAAUGUGAAUGCGGCAAAUCUCAAGGGAGCUACUGCAGCUGCACUUCUGCUUUUGCCACCUGAAUUUUCAGAGGAAGAUCUUUUUGUCAAAAUAUGUGGUCUCUCGUACAUGGGUGAUUUGCGCAUGUUCUUUGCAGAAGACAUACACAAAGUGAAAAAGAUAGUACAUGGAAAUAUUAAUAGUUUCCAUACACUUUAUAAAGAUCAAAUCUACCACGUUGCAGAAACAGGAUUGUUGAAAUUACCUUCAUCUGCUGGUGACCUUCAGAAAAAAAUUAUUCAGGAUUUUAGUGUUUCAACAACUCGUUCCCUCGUUUCAGCUCUUCCUCCUGCUAUAAGGAGUAGAAUGGGUGCAGAAUUAGGAGAGAAGAUAACGAUAAACAAUUUUGGUAGGGAGGUAUCUGAAGUGCUCGUCAAAACAAGAGAAGAUGCUGCAAAUUCAAUGCAAAGAGCAAUUAAGAGCAUAGUCCGGGUCUCUAGCCUAAGGCAGGCUUUGUCAGGCUGUCUAGCUGCAGGUGGAGUAAAUGCGGCAUCCUAUUUGGCAAAGAAGGUGUUAAAAGCAUGGCGGUCAAGGUAGUAACUAGUAACCACUCUCAACAGCUACAGCCAUAUAUCAAUGCCAGCAGAUUUAAUCUGGCAGUUAGAGAUGUCAUGAUUCUGGUUAACUUAUGCAGUUCAUUGGAGGGACUUGUUUUGACUGAUCCUCAUUCAUUUUGUUUGGUUGCGAUUCUUGAACCUGCUUCUAAUGUAAAGUUCCAUUCAUUUGCUACAUCCUACAUCAGAGUCUGGACCUAAUUUGUCCCAGAAGUAUUUUUCUGCCGUUUCUAGCUUCAAACGUUUUCCCAUAUGGAGAUUAGUUGAAAGGCCAGAAUUAAAGAGGCAAACCGCCCAUGGUUGUCAAGGUCCAUGGAAGCAUGGCAUGCCAGUUUGCAGGCAUGUCUGUAACGGGGAAAGUAUUUUAACUUUGCAAAAUCGAGGAUUCAUUUAAUUUUUAUAGAAGGUACCCACUGACAGCUUUGAGGAAAUAUUUAUUUAUUUAUAACUGUUACAGCUAAUAUUAUCUCAUUAAAAGGCA